UACCAAACCGGGUUAGAAAAUGUUUUCAGACCGGGUUGGGACAUACUUACUCGAAGGUCCUAGCCCAGGCCCAGGUGGGGCUCACGUUUUCCUUCUGCACUGUUUUUAAUUUUUAUGAUGACAUACUUGUUGAUCGGACGGUGGAGAGGGGAUCAGGGGGGAAAAGGAGGUGAAACGGACGAUGGGAAAAAGAAAAAGAUUGAGGAAGAGGGGUUCGUGUGGAGGAAACGUGGCCGUCGGAUGAAAGAAAAGGGAGCGAGGAAGCACCAUUGGGACGACAAAUGGUGUCCACGUGGCUGUCGGUAAUUGGGGGAGCAAAUUAUGGGGCUGACCAGAUUUCUUUUUGCAGAGUAACGCUCGUGAGCCUCUUUUAUUAUUUUGCUUUUUGGGCAGUCAUUUCCGUUACUUAACUCUGUCGGGAUUUGAUUUGAGAGUAGAGUACACUUGUUGGGCUGACAGGGGGAUUUCCAGACCCGCUGGCCCAGCCCACCGAUUAGACUAUUGGGCUUAAUUCUGCAAUUAUGUUUGGUGGUCCCAAAUUCGUAUAUCCUCCUCCUGCCUAUGUUAUUGUUAAGUCUGUUACAGUCAUGCUUAACUAUUUGUUUGGGAUUGAUUAGGGUUAAACUUGGGUGGAAUUCAAUGAGCAAUUGUAGAGUGUAGACUGUUAGUCACGAUGGAUAUUAGUAAUGAUAUGGAAUAGUAGAGACACGAAAAAAUUGUAUAUCGAUCAAGCUGAAUUUCCAAUUCCAUUUUAUGCAAGUCCGUUGUCGAAUAGUAAAUAAGACCGAAAUUUAUUCUAUCUCGAUGAAGUGAAGUGGCAAAAACAACGACACGCUCAGAAGCUCAAAAUGUGUUUGAUUUAGUCGAUAACGGGAAUUCGAUCAAAUUCAUUACAAUCCGAGUUAGAACUCGUAUUGCAAUCAAACUUGAUGUAGAGUUUUCUUGUUGUUGUGCUUCCUUAAUUUGCGUACUUUGUGUUUCUGAGUGAAACGGAUCAUUGUAAAAGAAAUUAACCUAGAAAGUAAACAACAUGCUAUGAAAAGAAAAUGUCACAUAGAUCUUGCCUAAUUUGUGUUUCUGAGUGGACCGCUGUCAACACUGAUGGCUCGGUGAUUCCGGAGCUAGGAAUUUCGACUGCUGGUGGCGUUAUUCGAGGCUCUGAUGGCAGGUUUAUCAAAGCAUUUGCUGUUAAUCUAGGAGGAGGAUCGAUCACUCAUGUAGAGCUAGCAGGGAUCGCCCAAGGUUUGGGAGCUCGAAGAGUUCGGCUCCAGACGGACUCGGCGGUAGCUAUUUCACUCCUGCAGUCUGACCAGGCAGUUAACCCCCAUCACACUAUGAUCUCUCUGAUACGUCAGCUUGUGGCGCGAGAUUGGGAGGUCAGUAUAGAGCAUGUUUUCCGGGAGGCAAUUAUGUUGCGGAUUAUAUGGCCUCUGUUGGUCAUUCCUUACCUAUCGGAGUGCACCUGUUUGACACUCUGGGGGCGGCUUUGAGUCAUUGGCUGAUGUAUGAUCUUAUUGGGAUACAAAUGCCCCGAUCUAUUAAUACAUAAGGGUUAGAGCGCCCCUCUGCGCUUUGUUUUUCACAAAAAAAAAAAGCUUAAGAAAUGCUUUCAAAUUAGAGCAUUGACAGGAUAACUAACCCAAAUUCAUCCUUCAACAACAUAUAUACAACGAGUUCUAUAUCCUGUCAAAUUGAGAUACCGCACACUUUUAGUAAGAAAAUGUCACAUAGAUC